GGAAAGCCUUGAGGGUAGUCCUGUCAUUUCAAUAGCAAACUAACUGCAUAUAUAAAUAUCUGGUACGGUCUCUUUCUCUUCCCUUUCAGUUAGCAAUAAAAUAAAAUGAGCUACUCUUCUUCAAUAUCUCUGAAUCGGCAAAGCACCACCAAUCGCGCUCCUUCUCUAUUCAGAAAAUCAAAACCUCCUAAUCAUUUUCAAUUUCCAUUUCCCUCUCGUUUCCAGGCAGUUUCAGAUUCUCAAAACGUUUCUGUAAAGUUUCAGUUGCAAAGUGAUUCGAUUUUUAAAUUCCGUGGAGUUUGUUCCUCUCGAAUUAGGGUUUCAUCAGAGGAUGCUAGGUUUAGUUCGUUACCUAAAAGAGAAGAAGAAGAAGAAGAAGAAGAAGAAGAUAAAGUUGCGAGUUUUAGAGAGUUUAUUACAUCAGAGAGAGUGAAAGUAGCUGCUAUGCUUGCUUUAGCAUUAUCUCUUUGUAAUGCUGAUCGUGUUGUUAUGUCAGUUGCUAUUGUUCCUUUGUCUCUUGCUAACGGUUGGACCCGGUCCUUCUCCGGUAUUGUUCAGUCUUCUUUUCUCUGGGGAUACCUAAUCUCGCCGAUAGCUGGAGGGACAUUAGUGGACUAUUAUGGUGGCAAGGUAGUUAUGGGAUGGGGUGUUGCGCUGUGGUCAUUAGCUACUUUUCUUACUCCGUUUGCUGCUGAAACUUCAUUGUGGGCUCUGAUGGCCAUGAGAGCUUUGCUUGGAAUUGCUGAAGGUGUGGCUCUUCCAUGCAUGAACAACAUGAUAGCAAGAUGGUUUCCACCGACAGAACGUGCUAGGGCAGUUGGAAUUGCAAUGGCUGGAUUUCAGCUUGGAUGUGCAAUAGGACUCACGCUAUCACCAAUCCUUAUGUCUCAAGGUGGUAUAUUUGGGCCAUUUGUAAUUUUUGGUCUAUCUGGGUUCCUUUGGGUUUUGGUUUGGUUAUCUGCAAUAUCAAGCUCUCCUGACCGAAGUUCCCAGAUAUCCAAAUGUGAAUUGGAGUACAUACUAAAGAAGAAGCAACAAUCUUUCCCAGUUGAGAACAAACCAAAGACAACCAGAAUUAUCCCACCUUUCAGACGCUUGUUGUCUAAAAUGCCAACAUGGGCCCUAAUUGUUGCAAAUUCCAUGCAUAGCUGGGGAUUUUUUGUUAUUCUAUCAUGGAUGCCCAUCUAUUUUAACUCGAUUUAUCAUGUUGACCUCAAGCGAGCUGCAUGGUUUAGUGCUGUUCCAUGGAGUGUAAUGGCAGUUAUGGGAUACUUUGGGGGCAUGUGGUCAGACACGUUAAUACGGAGUGGCAUGACCAUCACUUUGACUCGCAAGAUCAUGCAGUCAAUUGGUUUUAUGGGCCCUGGAAUUGCUCUUAUUGGUUUGACUACUGCAAAAAGUCCAACUAUUGCAUCUGCCUGGCUUACACUAGCUGUUGCAUUGAAAGCUUUUAGUCACUCUGGUUUUCUUGUGAAUUUUCAGGAGAUCGCUCCACAGUAUUCUGGUGUUUUACACGGAAUUUCAAAUACUGCUGGAACUUUAGCAGCCAUUAUGGGAACUGUCGGGGCUGGUUUUUUUGUUGAACUUGUGGGCUCCUUCCAAGGAUUUCUGUUGCUUACCUCAGCCUUAUAUUUUCUAUCUGCCUUGUUCUACAUCUUCUUUUCAACUGGAGAGAAGGUGAACUAUGAUUAACUGGUUACCUGACAAAGUUUUACCUCCAAUUACUCAAGAAUCAAAUUGUACAGUCUGCAGUUGCAACAAUGAGAGCAGUUUGCUUUAAUGUAGUACAGAAGUUUGUCGGCUGGGAGCAUGUCCUGGUGCAUCGAAGGAGAUAUAUUUUGUCUUUUUUUUUUUUUUUUUAAGUUUUUGUUUUUCUCUUUUAUUUUGGUUCAUUCUCCAUCUGUAUCCAUAAUAAAAAAAAAGAAAAAGAAAUGUACAGUGGCUAUUUUUAUAGUCCGUAGAUUGUUAAGGGCUGUGUCAGGGUAUCUGGCUCCAGAAAAUGAGCAAAAAACUCGCAAGGAGGUAUAAUAUUAGAUUGCUCUC